AUGAUUGCUAAUAAUAGUGGGUUGACGCAACGUCUGCAAGCCGUCGAAACAAAACUUGACAAUAUAGAAGUAGAACAUGAUAAAACUAAAUAUUACCUAAAAGCCCUACAAUACAAGAGUAUAGACCAAGAGGCUAGAAGCCGUAGAAACAAUCUUAUAUUCAGAGGCAUUCAAGAGCUGUAUUUGAAUGAGAACUGUGAAGAUACGCUUGCUGACUUCCUUGAGCAGUACCUAGAUAUUGAUACCUCUUGCAUCUGUGUAGAAGUCUGCCAUCGAAUUGGAGCACCACGUCGUAAGACUAGACCAAUUAUUUGUACCUUCUCACAGAGGAAAGAUGUCGAAUAUAUCCUCUCAAAAGUCAACCUUUUGAAAAACACAAAUUAUGGAAUAAAUAGAGAUUACCCCCUGGAAAUAGUUGCUGUACGAACUAAAAUUUGGCCAGAGUACAAAAAGCAACGCAGUAAAAAGGGUCAAGUAUUUAUAGGCUAUCCCGCAAAGCUCAUAGUAAACAGAAAGGUCGUCCAGGACGAAUUCCCAGAUUGGAAGGAAACCAUACAAAGGCUAAGAACCACAAAUAACGAACAUAUGACAAAUAGCAUUAAUAAACAAAGUGAAUAUGCAUAUAUACUGGAAUCAUCGAACAGCAAACAGACCGCUAUCAAUAUUGACAGUGAUACAGUCGUCGAAAUGCAAUCAGAAAUUCAGACCAUAGUGAUUCUGUGA